UUCAUCAUCGGAGGAGGUAACAAAGUACAUUGUGCAUGCUAUGGUUGGAUGCGUCGAUGUAAAUGCUAGUAUCAUGUUCGCGCCAAUCUUUCAAGACCAACAUUGGAUGCUACUUGUCAUAUGUCCCUUGCCUGGGAUAGUUUAUAUCUUCGAUUCUGCCAGCUAUCACAAACAGCGGAAGUUAAAGCUUAAAUUGCCUAUGAUAGCUGCUUUUAGGAGGUUUCGGAUGAGCGGCCACAAAGUUCGUCGAGAGAAGCUUUUGUGGAAAUAUGUUGAGUGCCCGCAACAACAAGGAGGCACGGAGUGCGGUUAUUUUGUGAUGCGGUACAUUUUUGACGUACUCGCUUCAUAUUUUGGUUCGUUGGAUAUGGACAAAGUUGCUCAAACCUUUACCAAAGAUCCUUAUACGGAGGAUCAAAUCAAUGAGGUGAAGAAUAAGUGGGCAAGAUACUUUGUUGAUGAGUGCAUUGCAUAGGUUAGUUAG